UCCUCAGGUAGGCAACCAGGCCUAGCAGGCCCCACGCCGCCGCCGCCGCCGCCCGCUGCCUCUGCCUCCGGGGCCUCCGCCGCUGCGGGGCCACCAUGCUCCUGCCCAGGCCUGGAGACUGACCCCUAAAACCGGCACCGUGUCUCAGCUCUGCCCCCACCUGCCGGACCCCAGGGUCCCGCCCCGGCCCAGGAGGUCAGCCGGGGGAUCAUUAACUAGAGGCCGUGACAUGGCGGAGAAAGAGGGUGGCCAGCCUGUGUCAUGCUGCUCCGGACCCAAGGUAGCAGCUCUCACUGUGGGGACCGUGCUGCUCCUGACAGGCAUCGGGGCAGCGUCCUGGGCCAUUGUGACCGUUCUACUCAGGAGUGAUCAGGAGCCGCUGUAUCCAGUGCAGGUCGGCCCGGGGGAUUCUCGGCUCACCGUGUUUGAUGAGACGGAGGGCACGUGGCGCCUGCUGUGCUCCUCGCGCUCCAACGCCAGGGUGGCGGGGCUCAGCUGUGAGGAGAUGGGCUUCCUCAGGUCACUGACCCACUCAGAGCUGGAUGUGCGGACUGCGGGCGCCAAUGGCACGUCGGGCUUCUUCUGUGUGGAUGAGGGGAGGCUGCCGCAGGCCCGGAGGCUGCUCGAGGUCCUCUCCGUGUGCGACUGUCCCAGGGGCCAUUUCCUGGCAACCACGUGCCAAGACUGCGGCCAUAGGAAGCUGCCCGUGGAUCGCAUUGUGGGCGGUCAGGACACCAGCCUGGGCAGGUGGCCAUGGCAAGUCAGUCUUCGCUAUGACGGAGCACACCUCUGUGGGGGAUCCCUGCUCUCCAAAGACUGGGUGCUGACAGCCGCCCACUGCUUCCCCGAGCGGAACCGGGUCCUGUCUCGAUGGCGAGUAUUCGCUGGUGCUGUGGCCCAGACCUCACCCCACGGCCUACAGAUGGGGGUGCAGGCGGUGAUCUACCAUGGGGACUAUCUCCCCUUUCGAGACCCCAACAGUGAGGAGAACAGCAAUGAUAUCGCCCUGGUCCACCUCUCCAGCUCCCUGGUCCUCACAGAGUACAUCCAGCCCGUGUGCCUCCCGGCUGCCGGCCAAGCCCUGGUGGACGGCAAGAUCUGCACGGUGACAGGCUGGGGCAACACGCAGUACUACGGCCAACAGGCUGGGGUGCUCCAGGAGGCCCGAGUCCCCAUAAUCAGCAAUGAUGUCUGCAAUGGCCCCGACUUCUACGGAAACCAGAUCAAGCCCAAGAUGUUCUGUGCCGGCUACCCUGAGGGUGGCAUUGACGCCUGCCAGGGUGACAGUGGUGGCCCCUUCGUGUGUGAGGACAGCAUCUCUCGGACGCCACGUUGGCGGCUGUGUGGCAUCGUGAGCUGGGGCACUGGCUGUGCCCUGGCCCAAAAGCCAGGCGUCUACACCAAAGUCAGUGACUUCCGGGAGUGGAUCUUCCAGGCCAUAAAGACUCACUCCGAAGCCAGCGGCAUGGUGACCCAGCUCUGACCUGCGGCUUCUGCUCGCUGCGCUCGCCUCCAGGGCCCAAGCUGAUCCAGGUGGCUCCAGCCCCUCAUGAUGGGGUUCACCCUGGGCCUGGGAUAGAACAUUUUUCUUCUUGGGCCCAGCCCACAGGUCCAAGGAUACCCUCCCUCCAAGGUCCUCUCUUCCAUAGUGGCGGGCCCACUCAGCCCUGGCAUCACCCGAGCCUCACCCUCCUGACCCCCAUGUAAAUAUUGUUCUGCCAUCUGGGGGCCCCUAUCUAGUGCCCCUGAUGACAGGAUGCUCUUUAAAUAAUAAAGAUGGUUUUGAUUAA